AUGGCGUUCGAGCCCGCGCGCGAGACGACGGCGCCGGAGGGAUGGGAAAAGACGCUGGCGACGAUCAAGCGUUGGCGCGCGGAGGGACCGCGGGCGGCGGUGGACACGAUGGGGUGCGAAAAGAUCGCCGACGUCGAGGGCGAGGGCGGCGCGAUGGAUGAGGAAAAGUAUCGGAGAUAUUUGACGCUCACGAGCGCGAUGCUGAGCUCGCAGACGAGGGACGAGAUCAAUCACGCGGCGAUGGCGCGACUGCGCGCGCACGGGUGCACGCCGGAGAACGUGCUGAACACGGAUGAGGACGCCCUGGACGCGAUGCUGAACCCGGUGGGAUUUCACAGGCGCAAGGCGCAAUAUUUACGGGCGACGGCGAAGAUUUUAUUGGACGAGUACGACGGGGACAUUCCCUCGAGCGUCGAGACGCUGUGCGCGCUGCCGGGCGUCGGACCGAAGAUGGCGUACUUGGUCAUGAACGUCGGAUGGCAAAAGCCGACGGGAAUUUGCGUCGACGUGCACGUGCAUCGAAUCACCGAGCGCCUCGGGUGGACGCCCGAGCGCGCGAUCGGUAAGAAUGGAUCGCCGCGUAAAAAGACGCCCGAGGACACGCGCGCGUCGCUCGAGCGUUGGCUUCCCCGGGACGAGUGGAUCGAGAUCAACCCGCUGUUGGUGGGCUUCGGCCAGCUCACGUGCACGCCGCUUCGACCGAAGUGCGCCGAGUGCCCGCUCGCCGCCGACGCGUCGUGCCCGUCCGCGUUCAAGGAAUCCGCGACGCCGACGUCCGAAAAGCGUCGAGCGAAAAAAAUCAAGCUCGAGCCCGACGCGUGA